AUGUCAAUGGCUGCAGCUCCGGCCAAUGGUGAUUCACAGAAUGGUCCUCAGAGGAACUAUCAAGUUGUUGUUGCUGCCACUCGUGACAUGGGCAUUGGGAAGGAUGGGGUCUUGCCAUGGAAGCUUCUUGGUGAUCUUAAAUUCUUCAAAGAGCUUACAUUAACUACAUCUGAUCCUGCCAAGAAGAAUGCAGUUAUAAUGGGAAGGAAAACAUGGGAGAGCAUUCCUGUUAAGUCAAGGCCAUUGCCUGGUCGUUUGAAUGUCAUACUUACUCGAUCUGGUAGUUUUGAUUUUGCAACAGUAGAGAAUGUUGUUAUAUGUGGAAGUAUGAAGUCUGCCUUAGAACUGCUAGCAUCAACUCCAUACUGCUUGUCAAUUGAGAAAGUUUUUUGUUGUAGUAGGAGAGAGUAUCUUAAUGGACCUGCAUGUGAGGCUAUCCAUCUAACUGACAUUCAUUCGAGCAUUGAGUGUGACACUUUCAUUCCUCCAGUUGACUUCUCAGUGUUCCAGCCAUGGUAUUCAUCUUUCCCAGUGGUAGAGAGCAACAUCAGGCAUUCUUUUGUGACUUUUGUUCGUGUUAGAAAGUCAGUGGCAGAAACUCACGAGUCAAAUGGCAAGGAAUCAACUGAGGUUGAUACCAAGAAUGACAAAUUUGAAAUAGAGAAUUUCUCUUUUCUCCCCAAGAUGGUAUAUGACCGCCAUGAGGAGUAUCAAUAUCUCAAUCUUGUUGAAGAUAUUAUAAGGUCUGGUGCUCAGAAAAUGACAGGACAGGAGGCUGGAACACUGUCAAAAUUUGGGUGUCAGAGGGUAUUUUGGCGUGGUGUUGUCGAAGAACUCCUUUGGUUCAUCAGUGGCUCAACAAAUGCAAAGGUUUUGCAAGAGAAGGGUAUUCAUAUCUGGGAUGGCAAUGCUUCAAGAGAAUAUCUUGACAGUGUUGGCUUGGCACACAGGGAGGAAGGUGAUCUAGGUCCAGUGUAUGGAUUUCAAUGGCGUCACUUUGGUGCUGAAUACACUGACAUGCAUGCUGACUAUACUGGAAAAGGUUUUGAUCAGCUAAUGGAUGUGAUUGACAAGAUCAAGAAUAAUCCUGAUGACCGCCGAAUAAUUUUGUCGGCGUGGAAUCCUUCAGAUCUCAAGAAGAUGGCUCUUCCUCCUUGCCACAUGUUUGCACAAUUUUACGUGGAAAAUGGGGAGCUGUCCUGCCAGAUGUAUCAACGCUCUGCAGACAUGGGGCUUGGUGUUCCAUUCAACAUUGCAUCAUAUUCUCUUCUGACAUACAUGAUCGCUCAAGUUUGUGAUCUUUCUCCUGGAGAUUUUGUCCAUGUUAUAGGGGAUGCUCAUGUCUAUAGAACUCAUGUUCGAGCUCUGGAGGAGCAAAUUCAGAAGAUGCCUAAACCAUUUCCAAUUUUGAAGAUAAAUCCUUCAAAAAAGGAUAUAGAUUCUUUCAUGGCAUCAGACUUCAAGCUGUUUGGCUAUGAUCCUCACCAGAAGAUAGAGAUGAAAAUGGCAGUGUAA